AUGGUAGAGAAGCAGCAAGAUGAAAUUAUGUCCUGGGUGCCUUUGAUGGGCUACAUGUUGUUGAAGGAUGGUAUUAUUUGCAGUGGUGUUUUGCCUUUCUGUCUCCUCCUCCCCACAGAUCUGAACACAUGUGGGCAGCCCGUGGAGACGGCUCAGACCAAGUUUGAGAUGUUCUCCCUCAGCGGCACGUUUGGCACCAGCUACGUCUUCCCAGAAGUGCUGUACAGCGGGGUGCAGCUGGCCCCCGGGGAGUUCCAGGUGCUAACUGAUGGACGUCUGAUAAGUCGGAAUGCUACAUCACAGGCAGUUUUGAGUGUAACACUCUUUGGGAGGUGGUAUGAAAAGGAUCCUCCACGCACAGAUCAAGCUUCACCAUGAUUUCACUGCAGAUCCUUCAACCUUUCAUCUCCUUGUUUCUGUAAUGUCAAUUAGUCACAAAUAAUGGUAAAUAAUUCUAAUAUUCACAAUUAAAGUGGCAUUCUAUUUCUCAAGUUCCUUUAUCUAA